AUGGCCGAAGUUGCACUGCCAGAGUCGCCCGUGGCCCCCCCUACACCCACACAGUCUGUCCCAGACAGCCCCCCGCCCACAAAGCGGGUCUCCAUCAAUGCCCCUUCCACCAAAUCCCCCUCUGCUCCUUUUCUCUACCCCUCAAAACCAGCACUCUCCACACAGCCCGAAGAAGAAGAUCACGUAGCAGCCUUCAAGAGAAUGCUUGACGAUAUCCUCGACAACGCCUCGACUGAGGAGACCAGCCUCACCAGUAAGGUCGGCCUCGGCUUCUCUUCCUCAACCUACCUCUCUGCCUCAUCCUCUGCCGCUGCUGAUAGGGCCAGGCUAAGCCGGAGUACCACCCUUGGCUUCCUGCUCCCCCAGCCCAAGAACCACUUUGCAAGAAUCAAAGGCGUCCGCACCGAAAGUAAUGUUGAUUCUGAACUUCUGCACAAGUUGGAAGAACAGAAUAACAGCCUCCCUCCACAGGACUCGACAUCGUUCUUGUUGGCCAGACUGGAGAGACAGAACGGCCUUUUGGACACCGACCCCAAAUCAGUAUGUAUCGAGUCGAACGUCCUCAAAGGAAACCUCAACACUCUUCACCGACUUAUCUCCGACUCCUCAGCACUCAACGCACCCAACUCAGAGACUGUCGCACCCAUGUCAUCUUCGCCCUCAAAGGCCCUGGAGUCUGAGGCUGGUGACGAUGAGAUCGACUGGGAGUUCUGGGGAAUGCUCGUUCAGGAUUACAAUGCAGUCGCCAGCAAGCUCCCACAUCUGUUGGCAGCCCGUGUUCGCCAGGGUCUCCCCUCAAAGCUGCGUGGUUUGAUCUGGCAGUCCAUGUCCCAGGCCUCGUCGACAUAUCUCGAAACCAUGUACACUAAGCUCCUGCUCGAGCACUCACCCUAUGAGCGUAUCAUUCAACGGGAUCUCGCCCGGACAUUCCCUCAGGUCGACAUGUUCAAGGUGGAGGGAGGCAAGGGACAGGAAAGCCUUCGCAACAUCCUCAAGGCCUACUCUCUCUAUGACCCCCACGUCGGAUACUGCCAGGGUCUCGGCUUCUUGGUUGGACCAUUGCUUAUGAACAUGGAAGAAAAGGAGGCAUUCUGUGUGUUUGUCCGUCUGAUGGAGACAUACGACAUGAGGACCAUGUUCACGCUGAACAUGGAGGGGCUUCAGCUUCGCUUAUACCAAUUCUCCGCGUUGCUUUCGGAGCACCUCCCCAUGUUGCACGCCCAUCUUUCCUUCCACUCCAUCAACGCCGCCAUGUACGCCUCCCAAUGGUUCCUCUCCCUCUUUGCCUAUACCUAUCCCUUGCCCUUGGUUCUCCGUGUGUACGACGUGGUCUUUACUGAAGGAGCCCCUGAGACCAUCAUGCGUGUCGCCGUUGCCUUCCUCAAGAAGAACGAAGAAAAGCUGAUGCAGCUGCAGGAAUUCGAGGACUUGCUGGAACUUUUGACGACAAAGCUGUACGACAUUUACGAGGAUAAUGCCGGCGAGGUGAUUCGGGAUGCUAUGAGCCUUUCGACCGAUAUUUCCAAGGAGAGACUGGACGCCCUUGCCAUGACCUACUUGGCCGAGUUGGAGGAUCAGCAGAAGCGUGCCGGCGAGGUCACCAGCAAGCGUUUCAAGGAUCGCUUCGGCUCUGGCCAUUCGACCAAGACUGCCGAGACCAAGACCAAGACCAAGGUGACCAAGGCGACAAAGUCCAAGACCAACCGCGCUAGCGCUCGUCUUUCGAUCGCGGCCUCUUUUGGAUCAUCGGCCAGCUUGCUCCUGGGAGUCGGCGGCGGCAGCAGCCUCACCAGCAGUGAGGAGAGCAGUGAGGACGAGGUUGUGGAGCCAGAGCCAGAGCCAGUGAUCGUGACCCGAACAACUACCUACGGUUCGGACGCCAUGUUGCUAGAGCAGAUUCAGGACUUGGCCAAGGCACUCUCGAUACUCCAAAGGGAUCACGUCGAAGUCACCGAGGGACUUGUUACCGCCAAGAUGGAGAAGACCGUACACUUGGAGGAGAUUGGUGCGUUGCGCAAGAAGGUUGCCGAUAUGGAGCGUCAGCAGAACCGGGCCUCGAUGAUGAGCGCCAUUUCCCCCUCGGUCAUGAGCGACACAUCGAUGAUGUCCUCGCCCCGCACCAUUACCCACGAGGACGGGAAGAUGCGCUCGAGCAACAGCUGGUCGAGACACUCGGAAGAUGAGAUGGACACUGAUGAGACAAAGGCCUCGUCUGUUUCAUCCUUGAACGUCGGCCAUGACGAUGUUCACAACCGCCUUGCCCAAGCCGAGCGGGAGCUGGCCCAUGUUACGAGCGAGCUUGUCCACGCCAAGGUAUCGGUCAUGGAGGCGAUGAACGAGGUUGAGCAACAAAAGACCAAGACGCUCAACAUGGAGCACAUUCUCAUGGAUUCCAAGGAGGCUGUUGUGAUGCUCCAGGAGCAGCAGAUGAUCCUCCAGUCGACCAAGAUGACCAUGGUGAUGGAGAUAGACGCUGUUCGCCACGAGCGCGAUUCGUUUGAGAAGGAGCUGAACGUGAUGCGCCAGCAGUUUGAGGAGACCAAGAAGCUCUGGUUGGAGGGUCAGGUUGAGCGCCACACUCUGCAGGAGAAGGUCAAGGAGCUGGAGAUGAAUGCCGCCUUUGCCGCUGCCAACCCCGAGCGCAUGAACCGUGGGCGCAGCUUCCGCAAGUCGAUCAACGAUGUCUCGAUGUUGAACCUGAUGAACUCGCGAAGCGGAUCGCCCUCGCCCUUGGGUACGCCUGUGAUGGACAAGACGAUGACUCUUCCUCCUCACUAUGAGAGCCGUCGUGGAUCGGGCGACUCGUUGGAGAGCAGCGGUAACCGUAUGGCGGUCCGUCGUGGCAGCAGUGAUACCCUUGCAUCGAACCAGUCCGGCCGCGAAUCGAUGUCCUCGGCUCGUCCUGCAGCGAUGGUGCGCAAGGGAUGGCCAAGUGAGAAGGCGGCGAAUGCGGGUGUUGUCCCCAGUUCACCAGUGUCGUCAGCCUAUGGAACGCGCAAGUUUAUGGUGGCAGCUGAAGGAGAUUCGGCCAAGGUGAAGCGGAAUUCAUCGCAGCGCAACAGCAUCCUUGGAGCAUUGAGUUUCCGCCGAUCUGUCAGCGAUUCAUAA